AAAGUAGUUGUCAUCAACAAAAGUGAGAAAAAAAGAAAGAAAAUCCCUCUUUCUUUUCAUUUGUCCCCAGCAACCGAACGCCAACGGACACAGACAAAGUCGGAGGACAGUUCACCUAAUUCGGAUUCCCAUACAAAGGAAGAGAACCGGGGAGGAAGACAACGUGAGCACGCAAGGGGAAGGAGAAAAGGGGGAGGUGAACGGAAAUGGGAAAUUCAUUUGGGUGCUCGGCUUCUGGGGAGAGGUUGGUAUCGGCGGCCAGAGAUGGGGAUUUUGUGGAGGCCAAGAUGCUUCUUGAUUGCAAUCCUUGUCUCGCUAAGUACUCCACUUUUGGUGGGCUGAAUUCUCCUCUCCAUUUUGCUGCUGCUAAAGGCCACAAUGAGAUUGUUGCUUUGUUGCUGGAAAAUGGAGCUGAUGUUAAUUCGAGGAAUUACUGUGGUCAGACGGCUUUGAUGCAAGCAUGCAGAUAUGGUCAUUGGGAAGUCGUACAGACCCUUCUGCUCUUCAGAUGCAAUGUUACAAGGGCGGAUUAUCUAAGUGGGAGAACAGCUCUACAUUUUUCUGCUGUACAUGGACAUGUAAGAUGCUUGCGACUAGUUGUUGCUGAUUUUGUCCCUAGUGCUCCUUUUGAAGUUAUGAAUACCCAAAUUGAAGGUGACAGGGGGGGUGGUUUAAGUGUGAGGAGUAAAAUUGGCCAGAGUGCACUGUCAAAGUUUGUAAAUAAAGCGGCUGAUGGUGGGAUUACUGCUCUUCAUAUGGCCGCACUAAAUGGGUACUUUGACUGUGUACAGCUUUUACUAGAUCUUCAUGCAAACGUAUCUGCUAUCACAUUUCAUUAUGGAACAUCAAUGGAUUUGAUAGGAGCUGGAAGUACCCCUUUACACUACGCUGCUUGUGGGGGAAAUUUGAAAUGCUGUCAGAUUCUUAUUGCAAGAGGGGCCAGUCGAACGGCUUUGAACUGCAAUGGGUGGCUGCCACUUGAUGUUGCAAGAAUAUGGGGCCGUCAUUGGCUUGAGCCUCUACUAGCACCCAAUUCUGCAGUGGCUGUACCAAGAUUUCCUCCCUCCAAUUGCUUGUCCUUGCCUCUUUUGAGUGUACUUAACAUAGCAAGAGAGUCUGGGUUGCAGUCAUCAACAACCUCCUCCUGUGAUGAUGGUGAUGCUUGUGCUGUCUGCCUUGAAAUAGCAUGCAGUGUUGCUGCUGAGGGGUGUGGACAUGCACUUUGCGUGAGGUGUGCGCUCUACCUGUGCUCAACAAGCAACAUCCCUUCUGAAAUGGUUGGGCCACCAGGUUCCAUUCCAUGCCCUCUUUGUAGACAUGGCAUUCUCUCCUUUGUCAAGUUACCAAGUUCCCCAGCCAAAGAAAUUAGGCUACAUCUUUCUCUUGGCCUCUGUACUCCAUGCAUGCUUCACCCUCAUGAUGCGGACUGCCAAUCACCAGCUUGUGCUCCAGAGAUUAGAAAGAAUUGUGUUGCAUCAGUCUCUUCAGAUCGUUUCUGCCCAGUGACCUGCAGUCCAUUUCCUUCUGUUGCCUUACCUUUAUGCACAUGUAAUGACGGUCCUUGCCCAACCUUCGAACCCCGAGAAGCAGAAACACAAGAUGAAUCUUCUAGACAAUCACAGGCUACCUCAGUCGAGCAGGAUAAAAUCGAAGGCCCUAGACUGGAGAGAACAACAUGUUCAAGCAUGUUUUGGGGCAGAAGGAGCUGCAGCAGAGAGCAUCAAUGCAAUUCCGAAAUAAAUGCUUGAUUGGUUCUUUCCACAGCUUCUAGAUUGAAAUUGUCAUGUAUGAUGUUCCAGCCUCAGCCCGGGAUCCUUCUGUUAAUCCAACCACUCUCAACCAUGAAAAACAUCUGCUCCAUGUGCUCUCUCUCGUCCUGCAGGCAACAUGGUGAUGACUCUCAGCCUUCAAUCAAUAGCAUUUCCCCUACCGUCUACAUUUGCCUCAAGGGAUACAUUGAGGGUUUGUAAAGUUUGCAUAUUCAGGUCAGAUAGCUAAUAGAUUGUAAUUGAAUGUCAUUUAAAACAAUUUUCCCCAUUCACGGAAGAGACUUAUUUUUUCCCUUUCCCUCAAAAAAUUUUUUUUUUCCAU